AUGUGGAAUAUCAGAACAACCCCGUUCAGUCGGAAUGGCGUGGUGAAACAACUGGCUCUUAUCCUCCUCUUCACCACCCUCCUCCUCUGGCAUCAAGAUAAACUCUCCAGCCCAUCAGCCCGCCUACGACUUCCAGAUCGUCAAGAUCAGCUGAGAGAUCGUCUUUCUUUGCUAAGAGAGCAUGAGCCAAAAUGCCCAGGUCCUGCACUCAGCAGCGCAGCAGGUCUGCAAAGGUUCGAUGAAGAGUUUGUCGCAUCCAACGAACCUGUGCGAAUCGACCAUGUUGAGAAUUCCGAGGAAAUCCUGCAGCCCAUGCAAACAGCGCAUGAUGGCUUUGUGCAAGCGAUUCAAAGCCUCAAGAUUGAUCUUCCCUAUGUCGCUCGGUCAGAGGGAAUCGUUUCAUCCGCUGGAGGAACAUAUCUACCGACAUUCUUGGUGACCUUGCGUCUCCUUCGACGGACGGGAUCGACACUACCUGUGGAGCUGUUUGUCCGGGAUUGGGAAGAAUAUGAGCCAUAUGUCUGUGAGGUUGUUCUCCCUCCACUGAAUGCAAAGUGUGUGGUUCUGUCGACGCUUCUGUCAGGUCCGAACGGGAGAGGACUUGGUAGCAUUGAGCACUUCCAAAUCAAGUCUUUUGCGAUCCUUUUCUCGUCCUUUGAGAAGGCCAUCUGGCUGGAUGCGGAUUGCGUCCCCCUUUAUGACCCCUCAAUACUAUUACACUCUAAGCCCUUUACAUCAACGGGUCUUGUCACCUGGCCUGACUUCUGGGCCAGUACUGUUUCUCCCGUCUAUUACAACAUCUCGCGCCAGCCAGAGACACCUCCUAAUCUGCGGCAAGCGACAGAGGCCGGGGUCAUUCUAGUCUCUAAAAAAAGCCAUUCCUAUACGUUGCUUUUAGCCACAUAUUACAACUACUACGGCCCAUCCCAUUACUAUGGCCUACUCGACCAAGGCGCACCAGGAGAGGGUGACAAGGACACCUUUAUUCAAGCUGCAGCUGCGAUGGGCGAGAAAUUCCACACUGUCAGCGAACCAGUCAUGGAUGUUGGUCGCUGGGGCAUCCGUGUAGGGGAUAUGCGGGGGGCAGCCAUGCUUCAGGCUGAUCCUAUGCAAGAUUACAAACUCACCAGUAAAGGGAAAUGGCGAGUGAAAGACCCAUCCGUGGCCAAACCUGUGCGUGGUUUCUUCCUACACGCAUACAAUCCCGAGUUCAAUCCCGGAGAAGACUUAUUGGGUGAGAGAUCGCAUAAUGAUGACGGGAGCCCUAGCAGAGUAUGGACUGCUUCUGAAGAUGCGCUGAAACGCUUUGGAUAUGACAUUGAGAGAGGCUUCUGGGAAGAGACCAAGACUGUUGCCUGUUCUUUGGAACAUGCCUUUGACACGUGGAAAUCUCGAACUGGGCUGUGUGAAAAUGUCGAAAAGCAUUGGAAGGCGGUUUUUGAGAAUCCAUCUGCAGAGACUUUGAAAUUUACGGAUGACUGA